AUUUAGUUAAUAGUUUACUGGGUUUGCUUCGCCAUGCCAUGCAAAACUAACAUUAUCAUUUAAUUGUUUUAUCUUUUUGUUACACGGUCUAUGGAGUUCAGUUCUUGAGCUAGAGGAAUUUGUAUGACCUCACAGCACAGACCAGUGUUGAAUAGGGUGAUGCAAUGUCAAGAAAUCGUAAUGUUCAAAUAUGUCAGAGGCAUAGUAACUUUUCCUAGUGCUCCGAUGUGAGCUUCUCUGACGGACGUUAUUUUUCUUGUGCUCAUAUGGGUUGUUGAUAGUUGUGAGGUAAUUUUCAAGGUAGUCCUCUCAGGUGUUAAUUCGUUGUCACAGUAACGUGUUGGGGGUUUCCCGAUUUGUGACGCUCGGGGAUUUCCAUCUAGCAGAAAAAGAUCAAUCUAAAAACACGAGCAAGCGUGAGAGGUUGAUAUAUUUCAGCAAGUAAACAGAGGGGUGUUAAUAGUGUCUGUUAUGCUAAACCGCGUGGAUUCCUUCAAACGGGUGGAGAAAAAAUCAAGGAAUAGGGAGAACUGGGGCAACGUGAGUUAGCGGAGUAUUAGAGGCUACGAACUCAAGCAUAGCUAUAUAUAAGUUUGAAAUAGUUUCAGGUCGAAUGAGCCCAUUGGAGUGAGAUCUUUUGGAAAGUAUCACAAUUAUAUACCAUGACAAACAUGAGUGUCCACAACGGAACGCGAGGUGGUACAGAUAUCGACCUUGACAUAAUCGAGGAGUAUAUCGUGGAGGACACGUCGUUGAGACCUCCGUUCGUGCUUCCUGGGCCUCCACCACCUCCUCCCGACCCGGAUUCUCCCAGAAAGAACGCUCCAGUACUAGUAUCCAGGGGCACAAGCUCCCAGGUGAGCCCUUUGCCUCUUGGCCCACAUUAGCUUUUUGUAUCCAUAUAUAAACUUAUAUAUAAACAUAUUGACUUAUCUUUCGAAACUGCCGAUCUGUUCCAUAAACAACCUGCAGUGAAUAGGCACGUCCAUGACAGUAAUGGAGGCGAAGUUGUUACUAGGUUAUUUGUAUUCAAUGUAAAUAAUAGAUGUUCUGUAACUUGGUAGUAACACUUCAAUAUAAACGCAAAAUGAUUUGUGCCGUUGCAAUAGCUUCCUAAUAUGGCUUUUAAAAUGCUUAUUCAUGAUCGAAGCCUGUAGCAUUACCGUUACACGCAUGAAUGCUUAAGACUGGAUGCCUUUUUUUUUUGUUUCACUUUCGGUGGUUUCUGACGCAUAUUGCCGCAUGGCUUGAAAAAGUGCCAAUUACAAUGUUGGCACCACAAAAUCUUCCAAUAGUUGGUUUUCAAGAGUGAUAAUGAGAAGCUGAAGACAUAUGCGUUUCAAAAUGUGUGUCUUUACUGACGAAGAAGAAAGUCUUGAAAUAUGAUCCCUCCAUUCCUGUUGGCUUGCGAUUUUCCUCUUCAUGCUGCCGUGCAGUUCUGGAGUCAGUUUGUAAAUCUGCUUAUAAUAGAUUUUACGCUAAGGUGAUUGCAAAUAUUGGUCUCGGAACAGUAAUUUAUACACAUAGCAACCAACACUAAGGAAGUACAAGAGUCAAAGUGAGGUUGCUCAGCCCUGGCUCAGCCUCAUCACUUUCUGGCUUUCCUAUUGGUUCACUCUCUUUGCUGUACUUUUUUCGCUCCACACCAUCUUCCUGUUUCAAGGCUGUUUCCGCCCACAAACUACCCUUUGUGUAGACGUCCUCAUUUCGUAUUUUACGUUUUUGAAAACUGUCUUUGUCUUAAUACCUUACGCAGAUUAUUGUAAAUUGCCUAAAUUGCUGGAACCAAGUCUGAUUUCUUCCACAAGCGUCUUGUAUGAUUCUUCAGCCAAGUCGAGAGACAUUUUGUUUUUCAUUGACAAGUUGUUGUUGUCAACCAGCACGUGCAGCAACCUCCCCAGCGGACAUUUCCUCAAGUCCCAACCGCAGUGAUUCAUCCCAUGAAGGGCUCCAGGGGAGCCACCCACCGGCCUGGGUGUGGGCGCGGGGUGGCAGGGCGGCAGUCGGCCCGCUCGGACACAGAGUUACUGGAGCGUCUGCUGGACAAACCCCAGCUGGUUGUGACCGAGCAGCCCAAAGAGAGGGGCAUGAGGUUCCGCUAUGAAUGCGAGGGUCGCUCUGCCGGCAGCAUCCUCGGCGCAAGCAGCAACGAGGCCAACAAGACCCUGCCCACUAUCGAGCUUCAAGGACCAAUUCAAGAUAUCAAAAAUGUCAGAGUCACUGUUUCCCUGAUCACCAAGGACAUCCCUUACCGCCCACAUCCCCAUUGCCUCGUGGGUAAAGACUGUUCUGAUGGCAUCUGUGUCAUUCACCUUAACCCACACAACACUCGCCGACACAGUUUUUCCAACUUGGGCAUUCAGUGUGUGCGUAGGAAAGAGCUUGAUCUCUCCCUAAAAAAGAGAAGGGACCAAAACAUUGAUCCAUUUAACACUGGCCUGUCUAAGAGCAUUGAGGAUAUGGACAUGAACGUGGUCCGACUCUGUUUCCAAUGUGAACUGGAGAGAGAGGACGGCGAGAGCAUCCAUCUGUCCCCAAUCGUCUCCAACCCCAUUUUCGACAAGAAGGCAACAACAACAUCAGAGCUGAAAAUAACUCGUUUGAAUACUGUGAAGGGGUCAUGCAUAGGGAAAACAGAGAUCUACAUGCUGUGCGACAAAGUGCAGAAAGAUGACAUAGAGAUCAUCUUCAGCCGGGGGUCGUGGGAGGCCAAGGCUGAGUUUGCCCAGACGGAUGUCCACCGUCAGAUAGCCAUCGUCUUCAAGUCGCCGCCCUAUCAGGACCUGGACAUCUAUGAGGAAGUGGAGGUCAACGUCCUCCUGCGACGCCUUUCAGAUCGCAUGGACAGCGAACCCGUCAAGUUCACCUACACGCCGCAUAAUCCAGAUCCUUAUGGUGUCAAUCGCAAAAGAAAAAUCAAGCCUGACAUCAAGUUCACUGAUGGGUGCAAUGUGAGAGCUGAGAGUGUGAUGGCAGAGCCUGCUGCACCUCAUGUCUUUGAGCAAUUCUCCUAUCCCCUGGAGAGCUCAGUUGGCAUGGUAAACGCCUCUCAAGAAGACCUACCAAGUCAGCCUGUCCAGUAUGCCAUUGACGAGCUGAAGCAAGAAGAAACCUUAGGCCCUCUGGAUACAGACACCAUGAACAUGCUCUCUUCAAUCAUACAGAUGCUUGAAGAUGGCAACACUGCAAGUUUUGGCAUGCCUCUGGCCAACCAGGAUGAAAACUCUAACUUUGGCAAUAUGAACUUUCCCAUGGACGACCCCUCAAUGAACAUGAAUUUUUACACCGAGAUGCAGUUCAGUCAGAUGGUCAGCGGUGGACACCAUGCUGUCCCCAUCAUCGACCUUCAACCCUCGCAUCCCCAUGUGCUUGAUCAGGGCCUUGGAGAUGUGGAGGGUCAUGGCAUUUCCACGGUGAAGACGGAGAAAGAAGGUGACCUCUAAAGCCUUAGGUUUGAGAGUGUAUGUGAUGUUAUUCCAAGAGGUUUGGGCUAUCCAUGCGUAUCCAGUCAUCGCCCAGGUCAUUGCAGGUCUAAUCCUUACGCAUAAUUAGAAUGUUUCAGACUUGAAGACCUUGGAAAGGAAAUGGCUGUUGCUUAGUUGGGUUUCGCUGGCCGAACCCAGUAGCAAAGUUUCUCCCAAACUUUGUGAUGGCUUGCAUUAAUGUAAGUGUUGGGCUGCUCCACGGACAGACACUGAUUCCCUCUGUAGUACUGCCAAAUGGACUGUAAACGCAGAGGUUUUGUUAGCGACUGGUUGGUCAGUCAGGAACAUUAACCAUUGUAGCUGUCAAAGGUAUGGGUCUUGUUUUUCUUGUCAGACAUAUUUGUAAGAAAUGCUAUUCCAUGUUGAUAUUUUCAUUGUGGGGGUCCAGACAUAUUGUACAUAUUGUGUGUAGACAAUUGACCAAAUCUGAAUGUUUUAUAAAAUAAAAUAAAUGAAGAUGUUCAUACUAUUAUUAGUGUAGUUGACGGACCACACAUAGCUACAUCAAUUUUCCACAUUUUUUUCUUAAAGUAAUAAGCCAUCUUUGGGCUUAGGGGCACUAGUGGCUUGUUUUUUUUAACAUGUUGCCCUCUGUAGUGUUUCCUGUCAGUGUGUUUAGAAGAUAUAUGUAGAACCCAUGUGCUUUACAGUUAAACAUUAAAAUUAUUGUAUGAACCACA